GUUGUUUACGCAUACAGUGAGUCCAAGAUGGCUGCUGGAGACAACAGCGGCAGGCCUCCUUGCCUCAACUUCUCCGGCGCGGGGCCUUUGGGGAACAGCCAGCCCAGUAACAGCGUUUUCUCGACGCCUGCGUCCAACGGCGGAGGCGCCGGUGCGGCCGGGGGAGGCUCGGGGGUCGCAAGGCGUCCCAACCCGCAGCUGGGGCCUGGCGGCGGCGGCGACAACAACGGCGUCGGGACCGGAGCACCGCCGACUGCGCAGAACUCCCUGCAGCAGCAGCAGCAGUCGGGGGCUGCGGCAGGUGCUGCGGCAGGGGGAGCCAUGGCCACGCAGGCGUCCAACAUGGCAACCGCGGCGUCCAACGCGCUGCAGGCGGCCGCGCCGACCGCCACCCCGGCGGCCGCCUCCGUGCUGGUGUACCGGGAGCCGGUGUACAACUGGCAGGCCACGAAGAGCACCGUGAAGGAGCGCUUUGCUUUCCUGUUCAACAACGAGGUGCUGAGCGACGUGCACUUCCUGGUGGGCAAAGGAAUGGGGGUCCAGAGGAUACCUGCACACAGGUUCGUCCUGGCCGUGGGGAGCGCGGUGUUCGAUGCCAUGUUUAACGGGGGGAUGGCGACGACUUCCACGGAGAUCGAGCUUCCAGAUGUGGAGCCAGCUGCUUUCCUCGCCCUGCUCAAGUUCCUCUACUCUGAUGAAGUCCAGAUCGGGCCUGAGACAGUGAUGACCACGCUCUACACGGCUAAGAAGUACGCAGUGCCGGCCCUGGAGGCUCACUGCGUGGAGUUCCUCAAGAAGAACCUGAGAGCAGACAACGCUUUCAUGCUGCUUACACAGGCUCGGCUGUUUGAUGAGCCACAGCUCGCCAGCCUUUGUCUAGAAAACAUUGAUAAAAACACUGGAGACGCUCUUGCUGCUGAGGGCUUUACAGACAUAGACCUGGAUACAUUGGUGGCUGUGCUGGAGAGGGAUACUCUCGGGGUGAGGGAGGUGCGUUUGUUCGGAGCUUCGGUGCGUUGGGCGGAGGCUGAGGCUCACAGGCAGCAGUUGCAGCCGACACCUGAAAACAAACGCAAAGUCCUGGGCAAAGCGCUCACACUCAUCCGCUUCCCUCUCAUGACCAUCGAGGAGUUUGCUGCAGGUCCAGCCCAGUCCAGUAUUCUCACAGACAGAGAGGUGGUGAGUCUCUUUCUCCACUUCACAGUAAACCCUAAGCCCCGUGUAGAGUUCAUCGACCGGCCUCGCUGCUGCCUCCGCGGGAAGGAGUGCAGCAUCACACGCUUUGGACAGGUGGAGAGCCGCUGGGGGUACAGCGGGACAAGUGAUCGCAUACGCUUCUCAGUAAACAGAAGGAUAUUUGUGGUUGGUUUCGGCCUCUAUGGCUCCAUACACGGACCCACAGACUACCAGGUCAACAUACAGAUAAUCCACACAGACAGUAACACGGUGCUGGGACAGAACGACACAGGCUUCAGCUGUGACGGUUCAGCUAACACAUUCAGAGUCAUGUUCAAAGAACCAGUGGAGAUUCUACCCAACGUCAACUACACUGCCUGCGCAACACUUAAGGGUCCAGACUCUCAUUAUGGGACGAAGGGAAUGCGAAAGGUUACAUAUGAGUCAUCAUCCACCGGCACAAAGACCUGCUUCACCUUCUGCUACGCAGCGGGCAACAACAACGGCACUUCCGUCGAGGACGGACAGAUUCCUGAGGUCAUCUUCUACACAUAGUCACCUCCGACAUGGCAACGAUUUUCCAUCAAAUGUGACUGACUGACACCAGCGCAGGGCCACACCUCAGCAGCCCAACUGGGGACUAAUCUGUCAGACAUCAUACUGUUCCCUCCAUAUAGUGUCCUACCGUCGGCCACACGGGAAGGCAACUUCCUGUGUGUGAGGCGAUGUAGGUCACUACAUGGGGCGUAGCUCGUCAUUUGAGAUGCUGUCUCUCUUUCUUAGUGACUUCUUUUUAUCCCAUUGUGUGGUAGUGGUGCCAGUCUCUGAAACAGACAUGACUGUAACAGACUCCACGGGGGAAGCAGAGAGGGAGGGAGGAGCCUCUUAGAUCAAUCGCAGUAUCCAUGUCCCUGCUGUGGAUUGACGGCAUAAGGCUUGACACUGAAUUCUUCUUAAGCUGUAUGAUUCCCCUUCCUGUACUCGGCAGCAUUUGCGCGAAGGAGAGUCGCAACUGUAUGAAUGUACAGUAAUAUCACAUUUUGCCAAGAAACGAUCCUCACCAUUGUUCAGUUUAGACCAGCAUUUCACUGACAUGACUUCCAUAGACUUGCAGACCUCAUAGGCUUAACGGAUUCUUGGCAAAUUCGAACCAAACUUCAUACUAAUCUUAACAUUAUGGUUAUGGUAAGCAAUUUUCGGGUUUCUACAUACAGUACAGUCUGUGAUAUCUUGUGUCCUUGCUUGGUAGUUGCCUAUAACCAAGAUACCUUGCACUUCUUGGCCUUCCAUAUGUUAAUUUGGUUGUUCUAUGGAUGCACACUGAUUCUUCAGAUCUGUUUCUAUUUAGCUUUGUUUUAAAAAGUGUUGGGGAAGAACUUUCCUUCUUGGUGCGGAAGUUAAAGGGUUGUAUAUUAAAGUGGCAUUUAUUAACAUUAUAUAUGUAACUUGAAAUAACUAUUGAUUAAAGAGUGACGAAAACAU